UUUUCUAAAAACUAAAACGACCCAACCUGAUGAAAUAGGAGAAUUUUUGGACCGAACCGAAUCGGGAUCACGUGCAGAAUCAAACACCGAACUUUUUACAGUUACACUCCGCCCCUCUCUUCUCCGCACAACUACUAUUCACUUCAACCGUUACCUCCGGUGAACCGUCGCUCUCCACCCGCCAUGUCCGCCGCCAAAUCACGCAACUUCCGCCGCCGUGGUGGCGACACCGAAGCCAACGAAGACGACGGCGACACCUCCACCACAUUCCGUUCCAAGCCCCCUUCCUCCGCCAAGCCGAAGAAGCCCCAAGCCCCCAAGCUUCUCAGCUUCGCCGACGACGAAGAGAUCUCAAACCCGCGCCCACGCUCCUCCGCAAAACCCCAACGUCCCUCGAAGCCCUCUUCCUCUCACAAAAUCACUACUCUCAAAGACCGAAUCGCGCAUUCCUCUUCGGUCUCUUCCAACGUCCAACCCCAAGCCGGAACCUACACCAAAGAAGCCCUCCGCGAGCUCCAGAAGAACACCCGAACCUUGGUCAGCAGCAGCACCACCACCACCACUUCCUCCUCUCGUUCCGAACCUGUCAUUGUUCUGAAGGGCCUCGUCAAGCCCGUGGUUUCGGAGCCCCAGGGUCGGGAUUCCGACUCCGAAGGGGAACACAAAGAAGUUGAAGGAAAAUUGAGUAGUUUAGGCAUUCAGAACGGGAAGGACUCGUUUUUCCCCGAUGAAGAAACCAUCAAGGCUAUUCGGGCGAAGCGGGAGCGCCUCCGGAAGGCGCGCCCCGCCGCGCCGGAUUACAUCUCGUUGGACGGUGGCAGCAAUCAUGGCGCUGCCGAGGGGUUGAGUGACGAGGAGCCGGAGUUUCGGGGCCGGAUUGCGAUGUUCGAGGAGAAGGGGGAAGGUGGUGGGAAGAAGGGGGUUUUUGAGGAGGUGGAGGAGAGGUUGAGGGAUGAGGAGGAGAAUGAUGAUGAUUAUGAGGAGGAGAAGAUGUGGGAAGAGGAGCAGUUUAGGAAAGGAUUGGGGAAGAGAAUGGACGAAGGAGCUGCUAGGGUAGAUGUUCCUGUUGUGCAAGGUGCGCAACAGAACAAGUUUGUUGUUUCCUCUGCAGCAGCUGUGUAUGGUGGUGUUCCAAGCGCAGAUGCACGGGUGCCAUCGGUGAGCCCCAGCAUUGGAGGAGCAACCGAAUCGAUGCCAGCUUUGGAUGUCGUGCCUAUGUCGCAGCAAGCCGAGAGAGCGAGAAAAGCUUUGGUGGAGAAUGUGAGGAGACUUAAGGAAUCUCAUGAAAGAACUAUGUCAUCAUUGAGUAAAACUGAUGAAAAUUUGUCUGCCUCCCUUUUGAAAAUUACUGCACUUGAAAACUCUUUAGUGGUAGCUGAUGAGAAGUACAGGUUUAUGCAAAAGCUCCGAAAUUAUGUCUCAAAUAUGUGUGACUUUUUACAGCAUAAAGCUUUUUACAUCGAGGAACUUGAAGAGCAGAUGAAGAAACUUCAUGAAGACCGUGCAUCAGCCAUUUUUGAAAGAAGAACCACUAACAAUGAUGAUGAAAUGAUCGAGGUGGAAGCAGCUGUAAAAGCUGUAAUGUCAGUUUUAAACAAGAAAGGUAACAAUAUGGAGGCUGCCAAAUCUGCUGCUCAGGAAGCAUUUGCUGCUGUAAGAAAACAAAAAGAUCUGCCAGUGAAGUUAGAUGAAUUUGGUAGAGAUUUAAAUCUUGAGAAACGAAUGCAAAUGAAAGUUAGGGCUGAGGCUCAUCAAUGCAAGAGGUCACAAGCAUUUAAUUCUAAUAAGCUGGCAUCCAUGGAAUUGGAUGAUCCUAAAAUAGAGGGUGAAUCAAGCACUGAUGAGAGUGAUAGUGAGAGCCAAGCAUAUCAGUCACAGCGUGAUUUGGUACUGCAGGCUGCUGAUGGGAUCUUCAGUGAUGCUUCUGAGGAAUAUGGUCAAUUAUCCUUUGUCAAAAGAAGAAUGGAAGAAUGGAAAAGAGAGUAUUCAUCAAGCUAUAAAGAUGCUUAUAUGUCAUUGAGCCUUCCACUGGUUUUCUCUCCGUAUGUAAGAUUAGAACUUCUGAGGUGGGACCCACUUCACAAGGGUCUAGAUUUUCAAGAGAUGAAAUGGUAUAAAUUAUUGUUCACUUAUGGUUUACCUGAAGAUGGAAAAGAUUUUGUUCAUGAUGAUGGAGAUGCAGACCUUGAACUUGUCCCGAACUUGGUGGAAAAGGUUGCACUUCCUAUUCUGCACUAUGAAAUUUCCCAUUGCUGGGACAUGCUUAGUCAACAGGAAACAGUGAAUGCUAUUGCUGCUACAAAAUUGAUUGUGCAACAUGUGUCUCAUGAAAGUGAAGCUCUUGCUGAUCUGCUAGUUUCCAUUCGAACACGAUUGGCUGAUGCUGUUGCUAACCUUACAGUCCCAACAUGGAGCCCGCCAGUAGUAGCUGCUGUUGCAGAUGCUGCACGAGUUGCAGCAUAUCGGUUUGGUGUGUCUGUUCGGUUGUUGAGAAACAUUUGCUCAUGGAAGGAUGUAUUUUCAAUGCCAGUGUUAGAGAACCUUGCUCUAGAUGAGCUUUUGUUCGGAAAAGUUCUACCUCACUUAAGAAUCAUAUCAGAAAAUGUUCAAGAUGCGAUAACGAGAACAGAACGAAUUAUUGCUUCCCUGUCUGGGGUCUGGGCUGGCCCAAGUGUCAUAGCAGAUAGGAAACGCAAAUUGCAGCCUCUGCUGACUUAUGUGCUGUCACUUGGAAGGAUUCUGGAGAGAAGAAAUGCACCAGAGAGUGACACAAGUCAUCUAGCUCGUCGAUUAAAGAAAAUUCUUGUUGACCUCAAUGAAUAUGAUCAUGCUAGGACCAUGGCUAGAACCUUCCAUCUCAAGGAGGCAUUGUGAGCUCACUGGGAAGUGGGAAUUCAUGUUUCAUUAUACUUAUUCUCUUGGUUUGUCGUUGAAUCUGGGCCUAAGGUUGCCCCUUCUCGCGUGCAAUUUUUUGUAAAUGAACACAAACUAUUCAUGUGAUUAAUUAUGAGGCUUGAAGUUGAAACAUAGUUGUUGGUUAUUCAUGUGAAUGAAGUAGGCAUGCCCUUUUGGGAUCCUAUGAAAAGGGGAAAUUUAAAAUGAUGAUUUUUUUUUUUAUAGUUUGUUUUUAGGGAGGAGUGUUAAAUAUGGUUUAGGAAGUUCAUUUAUGUGUGAUAAAAUAUUUUUAGGUUGGGUUUGGGGGGUGGAAUGUGUACUUGAAGGUGAAGGUAUGGUGCAUUAAGUGAAUUUGAGGUUUAUAUAUAUAUAUGAAAAGAGAGGUGCACCCCUUUGGAAUCAAGCUGUGUCACCUCCAUCAAUUAUGAGUUUUGAUAACAAUGUAGAAGUCUUAGGUGAUACCUCGUUAGUCGAUACUGUGAUUACAAUUUCUUAUUUUACACCCACAAUGAAUUUACUCGUAGGUGUUGGUUCAUUUCCUGUUUUUGGUUA